UUGAAGCGUGUGAAGCUGAAACAGUAAGAUUCACUGACAUAGAAAAGUCAUUCACAUCCAAAGAAGGGAGGUUAGCCUUAGAAGUUGGAACAAAGAAGAGUCAUCAUCGUCUAAAAAUUUUUGACUUCAAUGGAGGAAGAACCACCGAUCUACCGCCUCCCACACGACACGCUGCACCAGAUCUUCUCAACACUGCCACUGCGCCAAAUCAUCCUCUGCAGAACCCUUUCGAAAUUCUUCCACCACCUCCUCUCAACACCGUCGUUUCUCCACCUUCUCGCCGCCACACACCCUCCGCUACACCUCCUCGCACUCCGCCACCACCACCCUCACAGCCACCCCUUACACCUCUUCGACCCAGAACUCAACACGUGGCUCCACUUCCCCCUUCACUUUCUCCCCUUCCAUUCCCCUCUCCCUGUCGCCUCCUCCCACGGCCUUCUCUACCUUUGGGCCCAGCCCAAUCCCCCUCGGCCCAAUUCCCCCAAAUCACUCAUCUCUUGCAACCCCUUAACCCGCCAAUUCCGCAUCCUCCCCCACCUCGGCUCCGCUUGGUCACGCCAUGGCUCUGUUCUCGUCGACUCGGCUAACCGAGUCAUGGUCCUCACCGAACUCGCCGCGCUUUACUGCAACAACUCCUCUCACUGGCUCAAAUUCUCCUCCAAUCUCCCUUCUAAACCCCGCAGCCCGCUUCUCAUCGGCGACUCCGCGUUCGCUCUCUGCGACGUCGGCUCGCCGUGGCGGAGCCAGUGGAAGCUCUACUCGUGCCGCGCCGGAGCCGCCACUGCUUGGUCGCGGCUCGAGCGGCACGAGUGGGGCGAUGUCUUUGACAUCCUGAAGCGGCCGCGGCUUGUCCGCGGCCAUGGUAACAGAAUUCUUAUGGUUGGCGGGCUUAAAUCGUCGUUCUCGCUGAACUCGCCUUGCUCGACGAUCCUUGUUCUCCGACUCAACCUUGAUUCUCUCGAGUGGGAUGAGGCGGCGCGAAUGCCGCCGGAGAUGUUCCGUUGCUUCCAGGAGUCUAGUAAGUUUAAGGUAUUUGGCGCUGGUGAUAGGGUUUGCUUCUCGGCGAAGAGGAUUGGGAAAUUGGCGCUCUGGGACCGCCGUGCCGCGAAGGGGGAAGAGUGGCGGUGGAUUGAUAACUUGCCGGGGAAUGCUGAUGGACUCUACCGUGGGUUUGUGUUUGAAGGGAGGGUCAAUGCUGUGCCUUGAGGAGUUAGGGUUUAUGAUUGGAUAUUGGUAAUGGUAAUGUUGUGUUUUAAAUCGGUUAUUGUUUGUGCUUUUUAAUUUUUGUUAGUAGCACGAUUCUGAACUGUGAUGUAAUUGUAUUAUUUUUAUCAUUAGUUUGUCAAUGCAAUUUUUAAGUGAUUUGUAGAAUCUUGUGUUUCUGGAGUCUGCAUACCAACAAACAUGACUUGUGUAUAGAUUCUCC